AUGGAGAACUCGUGGUACGCGGAGUCAAUUACCCGCUUUCAGAGCUCAAUAUACCUACUGGAUGACUGCAAUGACAUGCUCAGCAAUGCUACCAAAGACCAUGACAGGCUCAAGACGAUACUCUCUGUGCAGAAACACUUCGAGCUCAAAGCAGAUAAAAACCCUGCCAUGGAUGAAAACAUACUGUCCAGAUUUGUGGAACCUGAUGUUGAGGCGAAACUGUCUAAAAUUGAAGCCCUAUUAGCAGAUUUGGAACAGAGCAGAGACAGGCUCAAAGAGGAGGUCAAUACCAAGAGAGAAAAAUACAGACAAGUUGUCAUUCAAAAUUUAGCUAACUCUACAGAAUUAGAAGGUUCUGGAGAAGAAAAAGACCGUUUGCGUGUUCUAUUGCAGAAAUAUGAAGAGAACGUAUAG